GGGAAGCUAAAAGGUCAUCAGGAACAGAAUAAAGCAACGAACAAAGGAAUCCACAGCAACGAAGACUUUCCCCAUUGCCUUUAUCUCGAUUAAUAUAGCUCCCAAGAAAGACAAAGCACUCAAACCGGUGAUGGGGUGCUGCUUCCGUGGCUCCACAACUAUGCCAUCCAUGGAAUCCUCCAUACCUCUUAGUGUUGGAGAAUACUCAGCACUCAAACAAGAAGUUCUCAUACAAAUACCAACAUGUAAAGUUUAUCUGAUGGAUGAAGGAGAAGCUCUUGAACUGGCUCAAGGUCAGUUCAUGAUCAUCAAAACCUUGGAAGAGAAUGUGUCUCUGGCUACAAUCAUAAAAGUAGGAGAUGAUCUUCAAUGGCCUUUGACAAAGGAUGAGCCAGUAGUGAAGCUUGAUGCUCUCCAUUACCUGUUUUCUUUGCCUGUGAAAGAUGGUGAGCCUCUCAGCUAUGGUGUGACCUUUUCAGAAGCUAGUUUCGGAAGUUUGAGUUUGCUGGACUCUUUUUUAAAGGACCACUCUUGCUUUUCUGGCUUGAAAUUGAGCAAGAAGAACAAUCUAGAUUGGAGGGAGUUUGCUCCAAAGGUUGAUGAUUACAACCAUUUUCUGGCUAAGGCAAUUGCUGGAGGGACUGGUCAGAUUGUGAAGGGCAUCUUCAUCUGCAGCAAUGCUUACACCAAUAAGGUCCAGAAAGGAGGAGAAACGAUCCUAAAUAGUUCUGCAGGUGAGAAAAAUUGUAUUGUGGCUAGGGAAAGCAUGAGCAACACCACUUCCAGUGCCUCAAAGAAGAACAAGAUCAAUAAAAACCUCAAACGAGUGAGGAAGCUGUCCAAGAUGACAGAAAAGCUAAGUAAAUCUUUGCUUAAUGGUGUUGGUAUAGUUAGUGGGUCACUAAUGGCUCCUGUGGUUAAAUCCCAACAAGGAAGGGCAUUCCUAAAGAUGCUUCCUGGGGAGGUGCUGUUGGCUUCUCUUGAUGCAGUCAACAAGGUUAUCGAUGCAGCUGAAGCUGCUGAAAAACAAACUCUUUCUGCCACCUCCAAAGCUGCAUCAAGCAUGGUAUCUAACAGGUUUGGAGAAAGCGCAGGGGAAGCUACUGAGCAUGUGUUUGCAACUGCAGGACAUGCUGCUAACACUGCUUGGAAUGUCUUUAAGAUACGAAAGGCCUUCACUCCAGCUUCUUCAGCAACCAAUGGAGUCCUGAAAAAUGCUGCCAAGAUUCCAAGUUCUAAAUAUUAAAAUCCAAUCAAGUUGCUUUGUACUUGUUUCUCAAAGGUGUGGUGUGGACACUAUGUUGUGGAGGAAUUAGUACCUGUUUUAAUCACAUCAUACUUUUAUCUUUAAUAUCAUCAAGCUUUCCUUUCC